AUGGCACCCAAGAAAGAAAAAACCGGGGUUACGGACAGCAGUUCUAAGAUAUGGGAACCUUCGCUCAUCGCUGCACACCUGAACCAGGACGAUUGGAAGGCUUCCAUCGCCUUUGUGGUCGGGAAUCAGAUCGAGGACGAUCUUCUCAUCCAGGCCCUGACCUUGGCUGUCCAAGUCCCUCAGCGCAAGCUCUUCAGCAUAGUUUCCUGGCAAGACAUUCUCCAGAAGAUCAAUGAAGUCACUGCCCUUGCUGGAACUGCUUUGUCUAGAAAAGCAAAAAAACCUGUAGGCAAUAACACUCCAUUAUUUUAUGAGGUGUUAAUUGCAGCAAAAACAAUUAUGGAUAGCGGAGAGAAACUAACCUUACCAUUGAUAGGGAAACUCCUGAAAUUUCAACUUCUCCAGAUUAAAUUAAAGGACCAGCAACGGCGAGAAAAUGAAAAGAAGAUGGUAGAAGAGAAACCUAAAGUAGAAAUAGAUAAAGGAAAAGCAAAACCUUCCAAAGAGAAGGCCCUGAGUGCCAAGGGGGCUAAAGGAAAAGGGAAAGAUCAGCCUGAGGCCAGCACCACAGUGAAGAAGACCACCGAGCUGAAGCGGAGGGGAGAGGAGGACAGCACCAAGUACUACAUCGACGAUGAGCCAGAUGACGGGGCCCAGCAUUACAUUAUUGUUGUGGGCUUCAACAACCCUCAGCUAUUAGCCAUUAUGAUGGAGCUUGGCAUUCCUAUCACCAGCGUGAUUAAAAUAUCUUCAGAGAACUACGGACCUCUGCAGACACACCUGGCUGCAGUUAGCCAGGAGCAGGAAGUUUCUCUCCAACCAGAAGAUAUAGAAGCUGAAAACUUGAAGAUAGAGAAUGCCAGAAAAGAACUUGACAUUUUCUGGAAAUAUCUGGACCCGAUCCUGAGUAAUGAGAAACCAGAAACAAACCUCUUCGAUGUUGCUCGAUUUGAAUACAUGGUCAGAGCAGCUGCUUUUCCCCUGGACUGGUCUGACAGCAAGUUACUGCUUCAGUUGGGUACCAAUAUUUUUGAAAAUAUUGCAUAUUUGAUGUAUGACACCCUGGAUUGGAAAAGACAGCACCAGCAUUAUUUGGAAAGCAUGAAGCUUAUUAAUGUCCCACAAGUGGUUAAUGAGAAAACGAUCUUAGAAGCCAUACCAGUUUCUGAGGCUCUGCAACAAGUUGUUCCAGGAUCUGCAAAGAAGAAACCACAGUCUGAAGAGCCACAAGUUCCACCACCAGUGACUUUCAUCUCAACAUCUGAGGUAGACAUGAGAUAUUACAACGACCUGCUGAAUCCAAUUCCAGAGGAAUUCAUUUCUGUGCCCCUGAUACUACACUGCAUUUUGGAACAGGUUGUGGCAACUGAAGAAGACCUUGUCCCCCCCAGCCUGCUGGAGCCACUGCCCAGGGAAGAUGGCUUAGACCACAGGAUCGCGACGCACAUUGUGUCCAUCCUGCCCUCCCUCUGCCUCUCAGAGAGGGAGAAACAGAACCUUCGUGAAGUAUUUUUACCUGAGGAAGAAAGGGAAAUCAAAACAGUGCCCAAAGGCCCUAUCCUACUGAACUACCAUGAUGCACAUGCCUAUAAGAAGUACACACUAAAGGAACAAAAGAAUUUUGACCCAGUUCAAAUUGAGCAAGAAAUGCAGUCCAAGUUGCCACUGUGGGAACUCCUUCAAUUCCCUCUGCCCCCUCCUUGGAACAGCACCAAACGUUUAGCUACCAUUCACGAGCUUAUGCACUUCUGUACGAGUGAACACUUGAGCUGGAAUGAAGUAGAACGAGCCUUCAAACUGUUUACUUUUGAAAGCCUGAAGCUCUCUGAAGUGAACCAAGCUGGGAAACUAAAGCCUUCUGGAAUGAUGUCUGGGACAGAUUCUGAGAAGUUCUAUAUACCGUGGGACGACCCUGCCAGAUUUGCUAAGCAGAUAAGGCAGCAGCACAUCCUGAAAAUGAAUACCUCAGAGGCCAGUGAGAAAACAGAGACCAAACUCAAAGACAGAACUAUAUAUGUGGAUCCAAACUGGCCGGAAUCAGUGCUAGAUGAUGAACUCAGUGGAGAUGCUUCAAAGUGCAAUCUGUCUGAUGCUGUGGACGUGAGGCAUUCUGACUCAGGCAGUACAAGACACUUAGACUCUGAUAACAGAGAACUCUUAGAAAAGGAAGGCAGCGUGCAGACUCAACCCCAACCCAAGCCCUUGAGAAGUAGUAAAGAUCCAACCACGAACAAUGAGAUCAAAGAUAAAGCAGUCACAAAGGCUGAUUCUCUUGAAAAGAAACCCAAGAAGACGAUGGUGGAAGCAAAUUUAGAGGACAUAAAGAGCACACAGCAGCGCAGCCUUGUGGACUGGAGUUACGCUGAACACUUUAAACCCAAAGUACUGCUUCAGGUUCUUCAAGAAGCUUACCAGCAAUAUCGGUGUGUGGAUUCCUACUACUAUACCCAAGACAAUUCUUUGCUUUUAGUUUUUCAUAACCCAAUGAAUAUGCAACGUUUGCAUUGUGAAUACUGGAAUAUUGCUCUUCAUUCUAAUGUUGGAUUCAGGAAUUACUUGGAGCUUAUUGCGGAAUCCAUUCAAGACUGGGUCACAAAAGAGGAGGCUGUGUAUCAGGAAGCUAGGAUGGCUGAGGAAAUCCUUAGCACCAAAGGUAAUAAAGGAGUCAACCAAACAGAAGUAACAGAUCAAGAAAAAGAUAAAGAAAAAGAAAAGAUCCCAUUUAUUUUAGAAGGCUCCCUGAAGGCAUGGAAAGAAGAACAAGAACGAUUAGCAGAAGAAGAGCGUUUACGUGAAGAAAAGAAAGCUAAAAAGAAGACCAAAGACACUGGUAAAAAGAAAGGCCAGGAGAAAGCAGAGAAAGAUAGUAAACCUUUAAAGAAAAAAUCUCCUUCUAAGGAGAAAUCUAAAGAAGAACAAAUAACAGUACCAGAAGCAUCAGAGGAGGCCCUGCAGCAACCAGAACCUGAGAGAGAGUACCCAUUCCUAGGAUACAAUAUGGGAGAUACACCUAUCCAAAUCUCAGGGGCAAAUUAUUAUCUAUAUCCUUCUGAUGGAGGGCAGAUUGAAGUAGAAAAGACAACAUUUGAAAAAGGCCCAACGUUUAUCAAAGUGAAAGUGAAAAAGGACAAGCAUAAUUUUAUAAUUCACUUAAAAGAUCCAAAGAAUUUGGUGAAAAAUCAAAGUGAAGAAGAAAUUGAUUCUUCAGAAAAGAAAGAAGAAAAGGGUGAGGAACAAAAUCAUGAAGCAAAAGUAUCUCGUGCAGAGAGCAAAGCUGUCAGCACAUUUGGAUCUUUUUCUGCCACCUUAGAAAAUGGAAUCUGUCUCUCAAUAAGUUACUAUGGAUCAAAUGGAACGGUGCCAGAGGAUAAGGAUCCUAAUUUGGAGGCAAUGUUGAAUAUCCCUUCAGCGUUUACUCCAACUGUGAUCCCUACUAUAGUGAAUGUUCCUCAAGGCAAAGCAAAAGGGAAAUCAAAAGGCAAAGAAAAACCAAAGGAAUCCCUUAAAGAAGAGGAGCACCCAAAAGAAGAAGAGAAAAAGGAAGAAGAACCAGAACCUCCCUUAAAAGAGUCUCCUUCUUUCCCUACCUUCCAAAACCUAAAUGUGUCUUGUCCUAAUGGGCUUUUGCUGACCUUCAUUGGGCAAGAGUCUACAGGUCUGCAGCUUGUGGAUGAAGAACCCAUCUGGGACAUCAUGAUCCGCCAGCGCUACCCUCAAAGGAUGAAGCACUAUGAGUUCUAUAAAACAGUGAUGCCACCGAUGGAGCAGGAGGCAUCCAGAGUUAUCACCAGUCAAGGCACUGUUGUCAAGUACAUGCUGGAUGGAUCCUCACAAAUUCUCUUUGCAGAUGGGACCGUGAGCACGAGUCCUGACUCGGGUCCGAUUUAUCCUGAACCGUCACCAAGCCCUCAUAACGGAGAUCUGCCAGAUUCGGCUUCUCAGCCCAAAUCAGAGACAGCACCAUCUGAGAUUGCCAUCACAAAGAAAGCACGAAGUCACAAAAAUCAAUUGUUGAUGACACAUAAGAGUGAAACCCAUGAAGCCACUCCAGAGGUAGUGCAGACUCCCGUGGAGGCUCACGUAGGCACCUGGUUUACAACCGCACCUCAAGGGAAUCGGAUUGGCACCAAAGGAUUGGAAAAAAUAGCAGAUUUGGCCCCUCUGUUAUCCUUUAAAGCCACAGAUCCUAUCAAUGGAACGGUUAUGACAACUCGAGAAGACAAAGUAGUCAUUGUUCAAAAGAAAGAUGGUACUCGGAUAGUGGACCAUGCUGAUGGUACCAGAAUCACAACCUUUUAUCAGGUCUACGAAGAUCGUAUUAUUUCCACGGAUGAUCAAGAAACAACUGAAGUUCCUCGGACCAUCACCAGGCAGGUGAAGUGCACGCGCAUAGAAAGCUCGCACUACGCCACGGUCAUCACCAACUGCGAGGACAGCAGCUGCUGCGCCAUCUUUGGGGAUGGGACCUCUAUCAUUGCAAAGCCACAAGGAACAUACCAGGUGCUACCUCCAAACACUGGUUGUCUCCACAUUGAUAGGGAUUGUUCAGCCACAUAUUGCCACGAAGCCAGCAGUAACAUCUACCAUCCUUUCCAAAAACACGAGCAGCUGAGAGCCAGCAGGUACGUCAUGAAGCACACAUCAGCGGUUGCCUGUGAGGUCCUGGAUCCUGAGGGAAACAUCUUUCAGGUCAUGGCUGAUGGCAGUGCAUCAACUAUGCUACCUGAAAAAAAAUCAGAAGACGAUUUCCAUGUAAAACCUGAGGGCUACGACAGUUUAUCAUCUGUUCAUCUCGAAAAAGAUCAUACACAACUCUAUGGUGAACACGUUCCCAGAUUUUUUGUGAUCUAUGCUGACGGCUCAGGAAUGGAACUUCUCCGGGACAGUGACAUUGAAGAGUACUUAUCCAUGGCCUAUGGCGAAUCAACUACUGUGGUUCUCCAGGAGCCGGUACAGGAGCAGCCAGGGACCCUGAGCAUCACAAUCCUUCGCCCUUUCCAUGAAGCUUCACCAUGGUUAAUGAAGAAGGAAUUAGAGACAAUUGUUCCUCCUAAUCUCCAGUCAAGGUCAUGGGAGAACUUUCCCCAAGUGGAGAGAAAAACUCCAGGACCCCCAUUUGGCACUCAAAUCUGGAAGGGCCUUUCUAUUGGAUGCAAACAGCUAAUGAGCACCCCAGCCCCCAUACUCAAAGACCCCAAGUUUUUACAGAUGCGCCAGUUCAUCCAGCAUGAGGUCAUAAAGAGCGAGGCGAAACAGAAGCUGCAGGUUUCACUAAAGGAUUAUAUAAAUCACAUUCUACAGAAAGAAGAUGAGCUACAGGAAAUGUCAGUCAAGGAUUCCAGAACUGAGGAGGAGAGAGGCAAUGCUGCAGACCUUCUCAAACUAGUCAUGUCUUUCCCAAAAAUGGAGGAGACUACAAAAAGCCAUGCCAGUGAAGUUACAGCCCACCUAAUUGAUGUAUUCAAGCGGUCUUUGCCUUCUGCUCCAAAAUGUCCACCAGAAACAUUCAGUAAAGAUUUUUUUGAGAAGAAGUGGAGGCACACAGAAACAUCAAAGAAAUGGAAAGAAAAGACAGAACAAAAGAGAAAUGAAAUUGAGAACACAAAAAGACAGCUAAAAGAAAUUAGGAGCAAAGUGAUACAACCCUACUUCAGCUCGGAACUGAGCCAGCUGUAUGAGGCCCAGUAUAAAUAUCUGGACAAGCUGUCAAAAAAACUGCCUCCUUUUCCAAAGAAAGAUAAAGAUGCAAAUGAAAAAGCCUUUCAAGAUACAUCUGAUCUUCAUUCAGAUUCCAGGCCAUCCACAGUUUCACAGCAGGAACCUUCAAAUGUGCUUCGAUGUUCAAAAUCAGAGAUUUCUCAGGACACUAAGGAGUCCUCUAGCCAGAACCAAAACAAAAAUUUAACAAAAUCUACUGAAGAACCAGAAUCUUGCGCACCUAUGAAAAUUCUCACCCAGUCAUUGCUGCAAGAUGCUGCAGGGCAAGCAAGAAAAGAGAAGGUGAAGCUACCGCACUAUCUGCUGGGCUCCAAGCCAAAGUCCCAACCACUUGCAAAGGUACUAGAUCCUGUAGGAGGAAAAGUGAACACAUCCUCCAUUGCAUCUGCUGCCAUCAAUAACGCAAAGUGCACCCCUCUUGGGUUCCACCUUCUCCCCCCAUCUGUGAAGUUCGGGGUGCUUAAAGAAGGGCACACCUACGCCACCACUGUGAAGCUCAAGAACAUCGGUGUGGACCUCAGCAGAUUUAGAGUGAAGCAACCCCCACCUAGCACUGGACUAAAAGUUACUUACAAACCUGGGCCUGUGGCAGCUGGUUUGCAAGCAGAGCUAAAGGUGGAGUUAUUUGCCAUGGCUGCUGGAGAGGAUGGUGUCAAAGGAUUAUCACAUAUCACUCACAAUAUUGAGAUUAUGACCGAACAUGAUGUUAUGUUCUUACCUGUGGAAGCAAAUAUCCUUUAAAGCAACUAUUAUGAUAAUCGACCAAAAGACUUUCCCCAGGGAAAGGAAAAUCCCACGGUCCAGAGGACGUCUACAAUUCCUUCUGCUGCACUUGGAGUCUUCAUGUCUCGUACUAUUCCUCCACGUUAA